AUGUUCGCGAGAGAUAUUGAUCAGGCGGAGGAAGAUGCUUCUAAUAUCGCCUGGAAUGUACCUCUUACGGACUCAGAUAGGCCGUCAUACCAGGAGACGACAGUAGGACAACUUCCAGAUGGCUGGCCGGUUGUACUGAUAAAUCUCGGAAAACAAUAUGUCCACGAGAAGGACGUGGUGUUCGUCGAUCCAAAAGCCACUAAAUUUAUCAAAACUUUGCGUAGCCGUUUUGAUGACGUUGAAAUGAAAAUCCUCAUAGCGUGGGUUUUGCUAAGAGAAUACGGCGUGUAUGUUAGUCCGUCUCUCUUGGCGACUCUAUCGCCGUCGCGAUCGCCUCGAGACCUGUGCUCUGCACGAGUUUCGGAAGUAAUGCCGGUGGUGUUCUCUGCGUCCUACCUUUCUAAAGUGAUCACUGAAGACGCUAUCCAAGCAGCGGAGGGCAUUGUGCUCAACGUCAGAGACGCCUACAUCGCAUCGCUCAUCAACUCCAGCUCGCUCGAUGACGAACCGAAAGCAGCCGCCAUCGCAAAGUUGAAGGCCAUGGAGUUCUAUUCAGCGUACCCAAAGGGUCUCAUCGACGUCCAGCAACUAGAUGCGUAUUACGAAGGAUACACACCGGAGGAACGGGAGCCAUUCUUUGACGCUUGGCUGCGAGGGGCUAAAGCGCUCCAAGCAAAGAAAAUGAGCGCCAUCAACACCGGGGCUGUGUUUCCUGUGUAUGAAUCAAAAGUAUUCUACGUGGUUCACAGCAAUCGGUUAGUAGCUUUGGCACCCGCUCUUCGACCGACGCUCUUUAUACGAGACGGUCCGGCGUCGUUCAACUACGGUGGGUUAGGAGCGCUAGCCGGACGAGAGAUCAUGUACGGGUACGACUUGAACGGCAGCACGUACGACGCGUUCGGAAAUAAGCACAACUGGUGGUCACCACCUGCGAGGGACCACUACUUGAAACAAGCGCAGUGUGGGAGGCUGUCGGCUGACACCCUGACCGAAGGAAGCGUGAAGUUGGGCAGCGAGGCAGGUGAUGUACUCCUCGCUGACUUAGUUGGUCUGCAAAUGGCGGCCACACUCUCAGCCAAAUUUAUACCUUUAAAGGUAUAA